AGUGGAAGUGGAAGUGGUUAUGCCGGGAAGGAUUGGGGUAAAUGGCGCUGGUUUAGGAUCGAGCUAAUAAAUUAGAGGGAGAUUAUAAUCAAUUAGAGAAGAGAUGCUGUGGCUUGCCGACUAAGGACAAUGUGUUGGAGAAGUAGAGUGAAAUAGAAGCGUAAAACAAAGAACUGGAGAUCAGAAACAAAAACACAAGUUGCUGGAGAAAGUCAGCAGGUCUGGCAGUAUCUGUGGUGCGAGAAAGCAGCGUUAACAUUUUGAGUCCAGUACGUACAGAAAUGAGAAGAAAUAAAUGGCAUGGCAGUCACCAGUAUGGAUGGCAUGAUAGCCAACGACGACAUCAUCCAAGAAGAUAUCGAGGACAUAAUAGGCACACAUCACGAGAAUGGAACCAGAGACCUGAUCCUGAUGCAUCAGAGAGUGGUUUAAAUGAACAGAAUAAUUCGGCACCUGAAUCAACUAACAGUACUUCAGUGUCUCCUGAUGUGCCAGAGUUACCUGGAUUUUACUAUGAUCGCAAAAAGGACAGAUAUUUUAGGCUGUUACCUGGACAUAAUAACUGUAACCCUCUUACUUGGGAAUCAAUCAGAAAAAUGGAAAUGGAAGAAAAACGAUUGGAGAUGUUGGAAGAGGAUGCUAAAGCUAAGCAGCCAGUGGUUAGAAUGGGUCUGGAUCUCACCAGGUUACUACAGAAAAGAGAUUCCGGAUUAAUGAAACCGGCAUCAUGUUCGCGAUUUAUUCAAGAACUCAAGGUCAGUGGGAUGAGAAAGAAUAAAUUGGAUACUCGCAGUUUGGAUUCUUCAAUUCAAAGCAGUUUCCAAAUGAUUUUAGCAGACACAAACGUGGAGCGUAUAUUUGCUGCAAUAACUGAUAAAACUGGCUACAAAUAUGGAAUUUUAAAUCUGGCUGGACAUCGAAGAGAAUCGCAACUUAUUUCUGUGGACAUGUGUGACAAUCUCUACUCCACGCAUCGUAAGGGGACUGCAGCUUGCUGGGCGUCUCUGAGUGGCCGUGAUUCUCAUGUCUUGCUUUGUCUUUCUGGCAAUGCAGACGUGCCUGGAUGUAUUAGCCUACUUCCAGCUUCAAUCUUCAGUAACUCAAAUUCUGCAGAUCACCUGAGUAUGCUAUGUAACUUUAGGAGUUCAACUGUCUGGACCUGUGCGUGGUGCUUCAACCCACAAGCUGAUAAAUGCUUCAGUACAGGUUUGUUGUACCGUGUCUUUGUGACUGAUGCCGUAACAGGUCAAAAACAGAUAUUCAACACAAAUAGCAGUGUUCUUGCUCAGCAGUUUGCACACAGGGCCCCUGUGUUGUAUAAUGGCUGUCGAUCGGGGGAGAUUUUCAGCCUAGACAUCAGGCAACGAAUGACAAAAGCACUGAGCUGGGCAGGUACAAUAAUCUCCCAAAACUCUGCUGUGACCUCCAUCCGGCUCUUGCAGGAUGAAAAUUACCUCAUGGCUGCAGACAUGAUUGGAAAGAUUAAACUGUGGGACCUGAGGACUACAAGAUGUGUUCAACAGUAUGAGGGUCAUCAUAAUGAGUGUGCUUAUCUCCCAAUCCAUCCUCAUGAAGAAGAGGGUAUUCUUUUAGCUGUUGGACAAGAUUGCUACACUCGAAUCUGGAGUCUACAUGAUGGUACCAUCCUUCGAACAAUUCCAUCUCCUCACUCUAUUUCCAAGGACUCCAUCCCCAGUAUAGUUUUCUCUUCACAAUUGGGAGGGAGAGGUGGUGUACCUGGACUUCUGAUGGCAGUCUGUCAUGAUCUGUAUCACUUUCCAUACAAUUCUAAUAACUGAAUUAGUAAGAGAAGAGCUCUGAGGCACAGCCACCAAUCAUGAGUUUUGUCAAGUGAAUCAGUACUUUGAAGAAGAAGGUUUCAAGUUGUUAUAUUUUUCUAUCCUUCUCCAGCAAGGACAGGCUAAAUACCUGUGGGAAGAGCACAAGAGGCUGAACAGCUGGUCAUUUAAGUUGGUGUUCUGAAUGGCAUAUUUAGUUAUGCUGGUUAGGUAAAAUUUAAAUUAAUCAAUAAACCACUGGCUUUUGUUUUGUUAGAUUAUGAGGGGAUUGUUAAUAUUGCAGCAGGUGUUGCACAUUUGACCAGAGUAAUCAGAUAUGUUGGACAACACGAGCCUUAAGCACCACACGUGCUGUAAAUUUGUGUAAACUGCAUAUAGUUUCUGUUUAAGAGCUAAGUAGGUGGGAAUUUUUUUUUUGUGUAAAAGCAAAAUAUCGUCUGAAAUUCUGACAAGUCAUAGAACAGACUGGUAAUUUACAAAAAAUACAGUGAAAAGUGUUUAAGUUGCCACGUGCUGGUGCCUUAUAUUAAUAACAGAAAUCCUACUGAAAAAAUUAAGACAAAGUCCAUUUUUGUUCAAUUCAUGGCUCACGGGUUCCCAAGUUAAGAAAAAGACAGGAACCAGGUUAUUUGAAUUUCAGGCUGGACCACCAUGCUGCCGAAGAACCUGCCUCAAGGACCUACCUCCAUGCUGCUGAAGCAGACCACCACACUGGACCAUUAAAAUCCUGGGCCGCAAGACUCCACAGAAGCCGCCUCAAGCAAUACUGGACCGUUGGAAUCCUGGGUCAAGCCCACCUCACCACAAAAGGCAUCGUCGAUCUGGACUGUUGGAAUUCCAGGCUGAACCCACCAAGCCGCCAAAGCAGACCACCACUCCAUAGGACCCACCAGGAUGUGGCUGUCAUGUGAUUAAGUUCAACUCUUUCCCCCCCUGCCCCCAGCUGCUGAAACUCUGACAUGAAAAUGAUAUUUUGCUUUAGUGUUUGUUUACACAUUGCUACAUUUACAAAAUAUGUUUUUGAAAAAUAAACUAGCAAGUGCUACUGUGUGCAAUCUAAA